GGGUGUCAGAUCCCCCAGGAACUGGAGUUACAGUUGUUAGCUGUCAUGUAGGUGCUGGGAAUUGAACCUGGGUCCUCUGGAAGAGUAGCUAGUACUCUCAAUACCUCCAGCCUGAGAUCUCUGUAAAUCUGAGGCCAGCCUAGUCUACAAAGUGAGUUCCAGGACAGCCAGGGCUGUUACACAGAGAAACCCUGUCUUGAAAAACAAAACAGAAACUAUCAGACCAGCUGGCGUUUGACUGAGCUUUUCUGGACUCAACUGACUUGACUAUAGCCUGUAAGAAGAGUUAGAGUCUGAUCCACAUGUCCAUUCUAGAGCUUAGGCUGAAGGGCAGUAGCUACCCCGGGGGUGAUGUAUAGUGUUAUCAGGAAAGCAAACCAAUCAUACUAACAGGUUUUGAGCCUUUGUUCACAUUCUUUCCACUGGUCAAAGCAAGUCACACAGACAAGCCUUAAGUCAAGAGGUGGGACAUGCACUGUGUCCCCCACCUUUAAUCCCAGUGUUCAGCAGGCAGAGGGAGGCAGAUUCAAUUCAAGGCCAGCCUGGCCUGUAGAGCUGGUUCCAUAACUAUAUAAUAAGACCCUGUCUCAAAAAAGAAAAGAAAAAGAAAAAAGGGUAUAGUUAACUAUGUUCUUUGAAAUAACCGUGUUAAGGAAAGAAAUUAUUCUCUGUAGCAUAUGAACUUCAUGUAAGCUUGUAUCUUUCUCAUUUAAAAGAAAGAAUGAAAGAAAGGAAUUAGCCCAUUAAUUAUUUAAAAUACGUGGUGCAACUGUUCCUAUGAAUUAAUCCAAGGCACUUUGAAGACAAUUACACUCUGUGUUAAUAACGUUGCCAGGCCUUUCCAGUAUGCUGCCCUCCAAAGAGUACUGUGAUUUUGUUGACAACGUUCACUAUUACAUAUGCAUAUGGAAAACAGGCAUUUUCUUCAGAAUUACCGUAAUAGCAUUAAGAGAUUAUUACUUUUUCCAGUUUUCUUGGAAGAACAUUCACUAAAUCAGAUUAUUGUUUACUUGACUGCUCUUCUCUCUGUCCUGUACAUUUAGGUAACUAGAAUCCUGGAAAAUAUAAACUUCAGGAUAAAAACAUGAUUUUAUACAUUAAUGAUCUCGAAUAAAAGCGGAGUGCUACCUUCGUGCAUCACUUCUUUCUACAAAGUUAAGUCUGCGUUCUGCUUAGGAGAGAUAACACUUUUGUCCCUGUAGGCGGCCCCCUGGUGUAGCCAUUAGUUGCUAAUUACUUGCAAACAAAUAAACAAUUAACUCCUUAAGCUGCUGGCUGGGCAAGUGUUCAUUGACUUGCUAAAACUUUCUAAAACAGGAUUUUAAUUAGUGACGUUCAAAACCCAGCCCCCUAGUCAACAAAGCUAUAAGGUGAAGUACUGGAAGGUCUGCUCUGCACACGUGGGGCAGGAGCCCUCCAGCUCUGUACCACACAGAAGAGGAUGUCUCCCAGCCUUCGGGAAGGUGCUCAGCUCCAGAAAAGCAAACCCUCAUCCUGCUCCUUCUCAAUUGAGAGCAUUUUAGGACUGGACCAGAAAAAAGAUUGUGGACCGGCAGCAAGACCCCACAGACCGUGGGCAGACACCUGCAGCGACUCGGAGAAAUACGGCAACUCGUGCCUACGUGCCCCAGAUCUUCCCAGUGAGAUCUCAUUUCCUUGUCCCGUGGAUCAUCCAAUGCCAGAAGAAGGGGCUUCGAAAUAUGAAAACUAUUUUUCAGCCUCAGAAACACUCUCUUUGAAAAGAGAGUUGAGCUGGUACAGAGGACGAAGACCAAGAACUGCUUUUACCCAAAAUCAGGUUGAAGUAUUGGAAAAUGUCUUCAGAGUGAACUGCUAUCCUGGCAUUGACAUCAGAGAAGACUUAGCUCAGAAGCUGAAUCUAGAGGAAGACAGAAUCCAGAUUUGGUUCCAAAAUCGUCGGGCAAAGCUGAAAAGAGCCCGUAGAGAAUCACAGUUUCUAACGGCAAAAAAAACCCUGAACACAGAUCUUCUGAAAUAGGUUUUAAAAGUACACAUGUGAGAUUCUCUUCCAAUUGUGGAACACAAGGAAUCAAUGGAAAUCCCAAGUAUUUAAAAUGUUACUGUCUCUUUCCUGUACCUAAUGAAUAUUGUCAUGCUUUCUGAAAAUAUUGCAAAUAAUUAUGAUUCUAGCAUAGUACUUAUUAUAUCUGGACAUUUUUAGUUAUAAUAAAUAAAACUUUUCCUAUAUAUUUUAAUAAAAAUUUUUAAGAAA